CUACAUACAGAAAAGUUCAAAUUUUGCUUUCGCACGACGAUCAUACAGUUUAUACAAACAUAGGCCCCUGGUAAAACCAAUGAUCGUGGUAACAACGAGUGGAUACAUUGUAUCGGUUCUUGGGCCCUAUCUGGCUGACACAAAGAAUAAUGACGCCAACAUCCUAAAACACAUGAUUCAUAGUAAUGCUGAGGAGAUCAGGAGCUGGAUACAGGAAGAUGACGUCUUUGUUGUCGACCGUGGUUUCAGGGACGCCCAGGAUUUGUUGGAAGACAUUGGAAUCAGGAUGGAGAUGCCUGCUUUCAUGAAAAGGGGAUCCAAGCAGCUCUCCACAUCUGAUUCUAACUUGUCUCGAGUCGUGACAAAGGUUCGUUGGAUCGUAGAAGCAACAAAUGGGCGACUGAAACAGUGGCAGUAUUUAGCUAAAACGUUACCAAACUCGCAAAUCCCAUUUAUUGGUGACUAUGUGAGAAUUGUGGCGGCACUGUGCAAUAAGUACAGGCCACCACUUAGUGUGUCAUCCGAUGAGGACAAACAACUUGCUGCAAAAAUGCUUCACCUUUCAGAAAGAGUCAACACAUUACAGGAACGCGUGGAAACUGAGGGACUUGACAGAAGAGGGCUGCGUUGGACUAAAGUUGAUGCAGAGAAUGUUGCCCCAGAUUUCCCAUGCUAUGAAGAGACUGAAUUGCGCCAACUUACUCUUGGAGUAUAUCAACUACGCAUGGCCCAUUCCUAUGCUAAAAAGCACAUUGAUGAAGAUGGUGGAUUUGAAAUCUGCAUAAGUGAUGACAUUCCUGGGUUGGUUAGUGCUAAGAUUCAAAGCAGACAUAUAGCUGCUAAACAGUACAGAUGCUGGAUUAGUUUCAGUGAUGGAGUGGUGGAUGGGUGGUACUGCAAAUGUAAAGCUGGGACUAGAGUCGUUGGAAUGUGUGGUCAUGUAACCAGUGUUGUAUGGUACCUCUCUUUCGGGCGUCAUCAGGAGUUGGUGAAAGGGGUUCGUAACUGGACUACAACACUGGAGGACGCCUCUGACAUCCAGGACAUUAUAGAUGAAUCGGAUAGUGAUGGUGAUGACAAUGGUUUGGAAGAGUGAUAGAAAACGAGGAAGCAUUACAGAUAGAAAGAGAUCAGUUACAUGAAACUGUACAGUUAUGCCUGAGCUCGAAAGUGACAGACUUCUUUAUAUCUACAAUUACAUUUCAUUCUUGCUUAAUGAUACAAUGUUGUUUCUCAGUUUGUUGAUACUUCCUCAUCGAGUCACUUUGUUAACUUACAUGUAUUACCAAGCAGCUAAAAUGAAUAAUUAUUUUUUAAAUGAUUAUCAUUCUGAAAGAUGAAAUUGACAAAUGAAUUGUGAAUAUACUAUUUCUAUAUUUGUCAAAAAAUUAUUUAUUUGUUUUACAUCAGCCAUAAAGCAAUAUUCCUACAAGUAUAUGGUUUACUAUACCAGUGUACGUGUUCAUUAACAAUAAAAUAAUUUUGAGUUACCCUU